AUGGCCAACCUAAAGGACAAAUCCGCCCUACCGGCAUACUACCCGGAAUUCUACACCUUCCCACCGUUCUACACCCGCCAGCCAAAUGCCGCUUCAUGGUCAUCCCAACUCUCCCAAUGGCGGUCCUUCAUCCUGGCCUACUGUCGAGCGCACAAACUAUGGCGUCUCAACCUCGCCGAUACAAUGGAAACUGACCUAUUCUACAAUAAAUCCAUAAACCGGAAACUACCCCUCCCCACAAUCCGCGAAGUCGUCGACGACCUUGUAAAGUCCUCUAACGCCGAGUGGCUCUCCUCCGAGAAAUCUAUUGCCUACAUCUACUGGCGUACCCCCGAAGACUUUGCAUCCCAGAUAUACUCAUGGAUCGAUGAAACUGGUCAGAAGGGGACAGUCCUAACCCUGCUUGAGUUAACGGAAGGCGACAAUACGACCCAACAGGAAUGGUACGGCAUGGAUCAGACGAUGCUGGUUAAAUGUUUGAAUGUGCUGGUCAAGAAGGGCCAGGCACAGGUGUUUAGCGUUGGAGAUGAUAAGGGUGUGAAGGUGUGGUAG